UAUGAAUACUUCAAUGCGGUCCUGAUCAAUGAGGUUGAUGAGAAAGGCAACAAAGUAGAGCUGGGAGGAGAGUUUGUCCUGCAACCCAAUGAUCAUUUUAACAAUCUGUCGGUCAACCUUGGCCUCAGUGUGGUCCAGGUGCCUACAAACAUGUACAACAAAGAUUCUGCAAUUGUGAAUGGAGUGUUUUGGUCUGAAGCCCUGAACAAAGUGUUUGUGGAUAACUAUGAGAGAGACCCCUCUCUCAUAUGGCAAUACUUCGGCAGUGCCAAAGGCUUCUUCAGGCAAUACCCGGGAAUCAAAUGGAAGCCAGACGAACAUGGAGUUAUAGCCUUUGACUGUCGUAACCGUAAGUGGUACAUCCAGGCUGCUACUUCUCCGAAGGACGUGGUGAUUCUGGUGGACGUUAGUGGGAGCAUGAAAGGCCUGAGACUGACUAUUGCCAGGCAGACUGUUUCAUCCAUCCUGGACACUCUUGGAGAUGAUGACUUUUUUAAUAUAAUUGCUUAUAAUGAAGAAUUACAUUAUGUGGAACCAUGCCUGAAUGGAACACUGGUUCAAGCAGAUGUCACCAACAAAGAUCAUUUUCGUGAGCACCUUGAUAAGCUGUUUGCUCAAGGCAUUGGCAUGUUGGACAUAGCUCUCACUGAGGCCUUCAAUCUUCUCAGUGACUUCAACCAGACUGGGAGGGGUAGUGAGUGCAGCCAGGCCAUUAUGUUGGUGACAGAUGGGGCAGUGGAUACAUAUGAUACCAUCUUUGCCAAGUAUAACUGGCCAGAUAGAAAGGUCCGAAUAUUUCCAUACCUAAUUGGCAGGGAGUCAGCCUUCGCCGAUAAUCUGAAAUGGAUGGCAUGCGCAAACAAAGGCUACUUCACUCAGAUUUCCACAUUGGCAGAUGUGCAGGAGAAUGUGAUGGAGUAUCUCCAUGUGCUGAGUCGCCCGAAAGUGAUUGACCGAGAACAUGACACAGUGUGGACUGAAGCAUAUAUUGACAGCACUAUGGAGGAUGGUCAAGACCCAGUUUUGAUGACUACCGUGGCAAUGCCAGUAUUCAGUACCAAGAAUGAAACUAGAAACCAUGGAAUCCUUCUCGGGGUGGUUGGGACAGAUGUGCCCGUCUCUGAGCUUCUUAAAACUAUUCCCAAAUAUAAGUUGGGCAUUCAUGGCUACGCCUUUGCAAUCACCAACAAUGGUUACAUCCUCACUCAUCCAGAUCUACGGCCACUCUAUGGAGAUGGCAAGAAGAGAAGGAAGCCAAACUACAGCAGUGUGGAUCUCUCUGAGGUUGAAUGGGAGGACAAAGAUGAUACGUUGAGAAAUGCCAUGGUCAACAGGAAGACAGGGACAUUCUCUAUGGAAGUGACGAAAAGUGUGGACAAAGGGAAACGUGUACUGAUUCUACACAACGAUUACUUCUACACAGACAUUAAAGGGACUCCAUUCAGUCUAGGGGUUGCUCUUUCCAGAGGCCAUGGAAAGUUUAUUUUCAGAGGGAAUGUCACAGUUGAAGAAGGACUUCAUGACUUGGAGCAUCCUGAUGUAGAACUGGCAGAUGAGUGGACAUACUGCAACACAGAUGAGCACCCCGAGCAUCGUUACCUGUCCCAGAUAGAAGCAAUCAAAAUUUUCCUCAGCGGGCAUGAUCCUAAUUUACAAUGUGACAAGCAAUUAAUUCAGGAAGUACUCUUUGAUGCAGUGGUGACUGCCCCCCUGGAGGCUUACUGGACCAGUCUUGUGCUCAAUAAGAACUCUGAUAAAGGUGUGGAGAUUGCCUAUCUGGGCACAAGAACAGGACUGUCAAGAAUUAAUCUGUUUGUGGUCCCUGAUGAACUUACAAACCAAGACUUCCUGACAGCUGAAGACAGAGAGGGGGUGUUCAACGCUGACCAUUUUCCCCUGUGGUACAAGAGAGCGGCAGAACAAGUUCCUGGUACCUUUAUAUACUCACUGCCCUUCAACACAGGAUCAGAAAACAAAAGUGUUGUAUUAGCCAGUACUGCAAUUCAGCUUUUGGACGAGAGGAAAUCCCCUAUAGCAGCA